AUGUUUGAUAGUUUAUAUUCCGGCAUAUAUCCAAAGACAAUAUUUAUUAUUCAAUUAUUAUCAAGUGCGCAAUGUUUUGAUUCAACAGAAUCAAAUCAACAACAACAAUGGUUGCCAUUUUCUUCAUCUGGCUCAGAAUCAAUUUCUUUGCCGUCGUCUAGUGGUUCUUCUCUUUCGCUACCUAAUUUAGAUUUUUCGAAAAUACUUAAAUCACCAUUUGUCGAUAAAUCAGCAGCGCUUGGUCUGCAAGGAAUGUCUGGAUUUCAAGAAGAACAACCAUCAUUACGUUCUCGUCCUCAGCAAAUGUUACCGCAACGGCAGCCACAGCAACAGUAUCAAAUUCAUAUACUUCAAGAUCUUAAAGAUUCACCAUUAUCAUUUUCUCCUUUCCCACUAGCGAAUAUGCUUGGACACGAUUAUCAUAGUGGAGAUGAAUUACAUCAAGAUUUUCAUAAGAGAUUAGACCCAUUGAAUGUUAAUUCAUUGUCACACGAUAAUCGUCAACUAACACUACAAACGCUCCUUCCAUCGUUUAGUUCACCACCUAUUCUACAAAAUUCUCCAGGUCGUCUCUAUGUACAAGACAAUAAGCGUCGAAUACCUCCAUAUAGCACCUGGAUAAGCGAUUCACCCUCAUAUCCUGGAAGAUUGGAAUACUCAAAGCAACCUCUUGAUACAUAUCUAAAUAGACCUUUUACUAUGGAAAGUGAUUUUUUGGACAAUAUUCCUCUACGCACUAGAGCUUUACCUCAAAGUGAUUAUAAUGUAAGACCAGAGUAUUUUGAUAACAAUCGAUUCUAUAGGAAAGAAGAUAGAGGUAGACCUUGGAACAGCCAAACAUCUUAUUUGGAACUAAAACGUCGACGAAAACGUGAUGUAAAAGAAAAUAAUAAAAAAAAGAAGCAAAUACCAGUAAGAAAAGGCGAUUUUAACAACAAAUUUCUCUCUGGUGAGUAUUUCGAGUCAUUAUCUUUUAAGUAAUUAGACUUAUACUUGUAAAUUUUUUGAUUAAAAUAUCAUCGCAGAUAUGAGACCAAUAAUUGGAAAAAUUGGUGAAGAUGCACAGAAGUAUUUGGAUCAAGUCGAUCGUCUUGAUUUACAAGACUCACAAAAAACCGUAUCGUUGUUGAACAAUGAUGCACAGUAUCGUCGCACAUUUUUAUCGAAUA